UGUCCCCGUGUGCAUGCCGCCAGUCUCCGCGUCGCCGGUCGGCCCGCCGGUGUGCACCUCCACUCCACGCGGCAGCCGCUCCGUGCUGCCAGGUGGCCAGAUGGAUUCCGCAAGAGAGCGCGCAUCAGGUGAGCGGAGAGCUGACUCGAACGCUGGCCAUGGCGGAAAUUUGAAGCCGACACCCCCUCGUGUUGUGUCGCUCUUGCCUUCCAUGACAGAUAUCGUGCACUGCAUCGGCGCAAGCAGUGCCCUCGUCGGAAGGAGCCACGAGUGUGAUGCUGAAGGCGUUGAAGCAGUUGCUGUUUGCACAGAAGCCAAGUAUGGACUUAGCGAGGGCUUGAGCAGGAGUGAAGUCCACGAUGUUGCAUCCUCGUCUGCGGCAGGGUUAUGGGAGGCCUCUUUUGGGCUUACGUGGCAGCCACGGGUUGUGGUAGAAUGGGCAUUAUGCCCCUUCCGAGUAGAUCCUCUUCGCUUGCAGGCGCUCCAACCUGAUGUGGUUCUGACUGAGGUGCAGACAGUCGGUGGUGCAUUGACUGUGGACGAUGUUGAGAGGUGCCUGGCAGAGUGGAUGGGCAGACAUGUGAGGAUCAUCCAUGCCGAACCACAGACUCUGGAAGAGGUAUGGCAAGCCGUUGGCUCUGUGGCCGACGCCAUCGGAUUCACAGAGGAGGGGAAGACAGUUCUCGCCCGGCUGAGGAAUAGAAUAAUGACAGUGCAAACGGCGAUGAUGGGACGACGAAAGAAGAGGGCGUUGUGUUUACAGUGGAUGGACCCACUGUUUGCUGCUGGUGCGUGGACACCUGAACUCAUCGCAUUGGCUGGUGGUGUGGACGUGGCGUGCAAAGCUGGGGGCAAGGCUCAACAGCUCUCUCCGCAGCAAUUGGCCAAAGUGGAGACGGAUGUUAUCCUAGUUGCCAUCUGCGGUCUCAACAUCCAGCAGGCAGAAAGGGAACUUCAAGCUGCUGAAGCAUUUGAAAACGGUGUACUUGCAUCGUUGCAGAAAGGCAAGGAGAAAGUGGUUGCAGUCGUGGAUGCAGUCAAGCUGUUCUCGAGGGCAGGACCGAGUUUGGUAGAGUCAUUGGAGGUGCUGGCAGAAAUAUUCCACCCGGAGAGCCAACCCUUUGGCCAUGAGGGCAGGCUUUGGCAAGGCUGGGGAGUGGCGGCGGAAAGCUAGACGCGUAGCCGAGAUUUUUUCCAAAAGAGGAACGUAGGGACCGGUUCUCAGCAUGUUCUGU